UUUUUAAAAGUUAGAAAACUCAAACUAGCUUUUGCAACUUGAUGAGCUAUGAUAAAAAUGCCUCAUUAUAUUAUUCAAGAUUAGAGCACUCUACAAGCCAUCACAAUAGAGUUGGUGGUGAAGCAACAAUGACAAUAUUUUCAGCAACAAUAUUAAGUCCAUCAGCCAUUUUAGGCACAGGAAGAGAGUGUUUCUACCAAAGAAGCAAAGUGAUAAACAACUUUAAUGGAUUGAACUUAUUUGGAGUUCAAAAGACAAAUAACCAUGUUGCAUCAUUAAGCCUGAUCACCACUAUGUGCUCAUUGAAAACCCCAUCACAAGCCAAAGGUGAAAAAAGAUUGUUACAACCCAAAGAUAAGAAGCACUUUGUGCUACUUCAUACUGGAUGUCAUGGAUCUUGGUGUUGGUAUAAAAUAGUAGAAUUGAUGAAAUCUUCGGGGCAUAAUGUUACAGCUCUUGACUUGGGUGGCUCAGGAUCCAACGAGAAACAGGCCAUUGAAAUCACAAGUUUUUCUGAUUAUUUAAGUCCGCUAAUGAAGUUCAUGGCUUCACUUCCUGCUGAUGAAAAAAUAGUUCUUGUUGGUCAUAGCUUUGCUGGACUCGGCAUCUCUAAAGCCAUGGAAAAUUUUCCAGAAAAGAUUUCAGUUGCUGUUUUUAUCGCUGCUUUGAUGCCUGGUCCAUCUUUCAGUGCAACUGCCGUCUACACUAAGACAUGUGAUGUAGUAAUACCUGAACUUGAUAAUCGUGUUAUAUACGACAAUGGACCUGCGAAUCCUCCAACAAGCCUCAUUCUAGGUCCCAAGUUCAUGGAAACUAAUCUUUACCAGCUGAGCCCAAUUACGGAUUUGAAGCUGGCUACUGAAUUAGUAAGACCCAUAUAUUUAUAUCCUGUGGAAGAAAUUUACGAGGAGAUAGUUCUUUCAACGAAAAGGUACGGAUCAGUUAAGCGAGUCUUCAUUAUUGCUGCUGAAAGUAAAGCUUUGAACAAAGAAUUUCAAUAUUGGAUGAUUGAAAAUAAUCCCCCCGAUGAUGUGGAAGAGAUUUCAGGCUCUGAUCACAUGGUCAUGAUGUCUAAGCCUCAACAACUUUUUACCACUCUUUUGCAUAUUGCCAAUUCACAUGCCUGAUCUUAGUGUAAUUCAAUCAUUUUAGUUUCGCUGUUAUUUCCUUUGAUUUCAGUGUUGAAGUUGACAUUAUCAAAUAAUUUUAUUGCCUUGCUUCUGAUUUUUCCA